AUGGAUAGGAUUGCAACGGUCGAUGCGCUUAGUAGACGUAACAUUGAUGUUGGCAGCUCAUUGUGUGGGUUAUGCGGAGAUGGAGAGGAAAGUGUUGAUCAUCUUUUCACGUCCUGUUCUGUCGCGUCUAUGCUAUGGACGUAUAUCAUUAAUUGGUGUAAGUGUCAUAAUAUGGUGAUUUUCUCCUUUAGGGACCUGAUUGAGAUCCAUAACCAUACCGGUUUGGAUGGGAAGAAGAAAGAAGCGCUUAAAGGUAUUAUUAGAAUUGGAUGCUGGGUGAUUUGGAGAGCUAGAAACGAGUCAAGAUUCAAAAACUCAGAGGUAAACUUGAAUUAUAUCUUUGGUGAAGUUAGGAAGAUUGGUUUUUUGUGGUAUUCUACUAGAAAUAAAGGAGUCUCUACGUCUUGGGUAGAUUGGUGUAAAUUUGUGAAUUUGUAA